AGGCACGGAAGGAUGUUGGACUGCUAUCGUCCCCCAGGGAACCAGACGUUGCUGACCUGGACAACCUCGCGGGCCACAGGAGUGGUCUUCCUGCUGUUGGCAGCGCUUCUGGGGCUGCCUGGAAAUGCCUUCGUAGUGUGGAGUUUGGCGGGCUGGAGGCCUGCACGGGGGCGACCACUGGCGGCCACUCUGGUGCUGCACCUGGCGCUGGCGGACGGCACGGUGCUGCUGCUCACGCCGCUUUUUGUAGCCUUCCUGGUGAAGCAGGCUUGGCCGCUGGGCCAGGCGGGCUGCAAGGCUGUCUACUACGUGUGCGCGCUCAGCAUGUACGCCAGCGUCCUGCUCACCAGCCUGCUCAGCCUGCAGCGCUGCCUCGCGGUCACCCGCCCUUUCCUGGUGCCUCGGCUGCGUAGCACGGCCCUGGCCCACCGCCUGCUGCUUGCCAUCUGGCUGGCCGCUCUGUUACUUGCCAUCCCGGCCGCCGUCUACCGCCACCUCUGGGAGGACCACGUGUGCCAGCUGUGCCACCCGUCGUGGGCUCACGCCGCCGUUCACCUGAGCCUGGAAACUCUGACCGCCUUCGUGCUGCCCUUUGGGCUCGUGCUCGGCUGCUACAGUGUGAUGUUGACUUGGCUGCGGGGUGCCCGCUGGGGCUCCAGGAGGAACAGCACGCGGGUGGGCCGGCUGGUGAGCGCCAUCGUGCUCGCCUUUGGCUUGCUCUGGGCCCCCUACCACGCAGUCAACAUUGUGCAGGUGGUGGCAGCGCUGGCUCCACCCGAAGGGGCCCUGGCGAAGCUGGGUGGCGCGGGUCAGGCAGCACGAGCUGGAACUACAGCUUUGGCCUUCUUCAGCUCCAGCGUCAACCCGGUGCUCUACCUCUUCACUGCUGGGGAUCUGCUGCCCCGCGCAGGUCCCCGCUUCCUCACACGACUCUUUGAGGGCUCCGGGGAGGCCCGAGGGGGCGGCUGCUCUAGGGAGGGGACCAUGGAGCUCCGAACUAACCCUCGGCUCAAAGUAGUGGGGCAGAGCGGAGGCGAUGGAGAUCCAGGGGGUGGGGCAGUGAAGGACAGUCAGGAAUGGGACCCUUGACACCAAACCCUACAACCAGGCCUGCUUUUCUCUAUACCCUUGCAUCUCCCUCCGGAACCCAGAGAACCACUCCAGAGCAUUUGGGAAUCCUUUUCUGAUGACAGUUUGGAUCUGUCUAAGCAGAAUUAUUACACACCUGGGGCAGCCCCAAAUUCCUCCAAACCGGGGGAUUUUGAGGGGUGGCGGCCCUUGCAGGUUGGCAUGUGCCCAUGUGCCACAGCUGCUUGCUUCAAAUAGCUUUUGUGAAAGAUACUGGGCAGCCAUUACAUAACGGCUUAAGUGUGCUCCCUCUGGUGGUUUAGCACACCUGAGUCAUACCGAAGCCACCUGUUUUCCUUGCAGGGUCAGGCCAAAGCUGUGCAAUGCCAGCCUUCAGUGGCAUCUUGACCUGUCUUCCUCAGCU